CGAAGUUUGUGAAUGACAAUGUGAUUAUUAUAUCUGUCAUGGGCGAUCCACCUGCGUUGUAUACCACAGACCUUAUCAAUCGAAAUCAUCGUGUAUAUAAGCAGCGAACUAGACAAACCCAAUUUUAAUAUCCACAUCAGAUCAGACACAGGACAUUGGAUCAUCAGAUCGGACACAGGACACAGAAAAAACUAUCGUUGAGAAUAUCUUCGCACGCGUUCAGAGUCCAGAGCAACCACAGGAAUAGCGUGAGAGCAAUAAACCGCUGUGUUUUACGUCCGUUUCGAUUUAACAGGAACAGCGUGAUAUUUCUGCAUGUUAACUAAAUAAACUUGACUCGACAAUCUGUUGUCUUGUCUCAGGGCAAGUGUACAAUUACUGUUGUGUGCAUAAAGAGAUUGAAAAGAAAUCGUGUACUGAACAAUAAUAUUCUGCCGCAAUGAAUGAGAUUAACAACACAACACACGCGGGUCAGUUGAUUGAACCAGACAAAGUUGUUCCAUCUUUAGUUGUCGUCAUUGGAGUUGCAUCAGUUGUCUUUAAUGGAGCUUUACUCAUUGUAAUGACUUUCAAUUCUAAACAAGUUUUUGCAUCGCUGGGUUCUUAUUUCAUCUUCAAUUUAGCCAUAGCUGACUUUGUGACGGGGGUGAAUUCCAUUGUUUGGGGCAUUGAACGACUCUCGACACCAGGAACGUUCAGUAAAGAAGCAGGCAUGACUUUACUGACAAUAUUUUGGAUAACAGUCCAAGUAUCGUUUUUCACGAUCUUUGUGAUGUCAACAGAACGCCUGGUAGCCAUUGUGUUCCCAUUUAAAGCAGCAUUGUUGAUGUCAAAGAAGAAAACCACAGUAUAUUGUAUUGCGGUCUGGAUUUUCGCCAUCGUCUGCGCCGGACUAAUGAACUUUAAAAUUAAUCAAGUUCAACUAUUUCUUACUAUCUUAUUUGAGGUGAUAAUAAUUUGUAUCGCUAUAGAAUAUUAUCAAGUUUUCCGGCAACUUCGUUCUCUUUGGCAGAGCAGUAAAAAUCGCGCAGUUUACAAUGGCCAUAACAAUAAUGAGGCAGGUAAUAAAAUGGCAACGAUGAAAAGCACGGAUCUAAAACGUGAAUACGAAGUUACAAUAGUUGUUGUGACUUUGGCUGUAAUAUUGGUUGUGACAGUCAUUCCUUACAUGAUUGCUAAUCAGGUUAUCUUAGGUUAUGACUUGUUCAAUAAACCUGAUCAUCCAGCAAUGAUGUUCUCGACAUAUUAUUUUCCAAUCGAAUUGCUAAAUUUCGUAGUCGACCCAGUCGUGUACGCCUGGAGACUGCCCAAGUAUCGCAAAGCAUUCUUGGCCACAUUUAGCUUUGGAAAAGAUCGAAAUUUCAAGUGUAGCACAAAUGGAUCUCCCAAGACACUGCGUACAACAUGCCCAACUGAGGAAGAAGGUCAGGUUGAAAUGAAGAAAAUUUAUGAACCUGAAUAAAGUCGAUAAUUAUUCUUGCAUGAAAACCCAAUUUUUAGAAUAUGACAUCGAAAAGUCAGUUAACACGAAUGUUUGAAAGAACAUUUAACAACAGUGCAUACAUGUACAAAGAUAUACUUUUUAUAUAGCUUAAAAAUAUAUACGCUCUUGUUGUGAAAAUUAUCAAUUAAUUUGCUAUAAUUGAAAUGUUUAAACUUAAAGUAAAAAGGGUUUGGAUCGAUACGAAUGAAUAUUUGGCGAAACUAACUAUACAUAUUUAAUAUCUGAAGCAAGGCAAUAAGAACAAUAUGUCUGUUAAUUAAAAAAAGUUCGUUUCUAGUGAGGACAUGUCUAUAUGAAAUGCAUAGUCAUGUUUCAAGUACACAAUAUAGCAUUAAUCAAAAGCAUAUUUUAUUAAUAUACGGCGGGUUUUUCUUCACGUUUAUGAAAAUAAACAGUAUCUGCAUGGUGAUAGUUCAAAUGAGUUCAGUUUCUAAAAUGAUAAAAUUUGAGUUUGCCUCGUUUUAUGUUUCACGAAAUCCACACGAAAAGACAUAGGUGAAAAUAAUUAUUUUUUCAAAAGUGUCAUUUCAUAACACAUGCAGUAAAAAGAAGCGACGCCUACAAACACCACCCACAAUGACAGAGAAAGUUCGAUGAACUUAAUUGAAGAAAUGACUUUCCAACACACAUGUAAAACCUUCAGGCGAUGAAAUAUUGAUAGAUGGGACUUUAAUUUAAAAUAUUGUGCCUCAAAAGGAAUUCGAGUUAACCAAAUAGGGUAUAAUUGCCAGAAAAACCUGAUCUAGAUUUAAACGACCUCUCAAGUCUGAUGCACGCAUGCAGGUAUUAAAAUGGAACACUUAUAAAGUAAAUUAACGUAUAUCGAUAAUAUAGGGAGAUAUGAAGCAUUAUAAACUCUUACGUACAAGUAAAACCGAGUAUUAUGACCGUUUUAGUUAAAUACACCUGAUUGGCCACAUGCAUGCAAGUGUCACAUUUGUUCAGAUGUUUAAACUUUUUAAUGCAUUUCUAAUAUUAAAAGUAUAAGAUGUAAAUAAUCACAAACCUAGAUUCAUUAAUAAAAAUAUAAU